UAUCAUUAUACUUGACCCAACUAUGCCACGUCCCCAAUGUGCCGCGACCACACUGUGCUGGGUUAUUUUUAUUAAUAUAUAACUUGCCCACAUAACUAACUGCUUAUAGUAAAUAAUUAUUAUUCUUGAUAUGGUUAACUGAUUUGGUACAUUCGACACAUUUGACAUAUUAUGUUGUUCAUCCAUUACGUUUAACGUACAGUUAUUCAAAUUAAAAAUGAGUAAAACAGGCCAGUAUAAAACAUAAAAACAUGAUACAUCGAGCUUAAUCCUAAUGCAUGAUGCGAGUGUUGUGUGUGAUUAUCAUAUUAGCCAUGAGGGCAAUACAUCAGGCUGAAAGUUUUAGUGAUUUGCUAUCACAUUUAAACCGUUGUAAAUGGAGACAGCUGGACGAAUGUCUAACAGACGAUCUAAAAAAUUCUAUAGAUAUGGCGUUAUCUACGAACGAUACUUAUCGACUAAAUCAAUAUUUAACAGUUACAAUCAAUGGCCACCCAGAAAAAAAUAGAUUCACCGAAACGGAUUCCUUAUUCACGCGGAUUUUAACAUUUAUUGGAACGCUUAACUUCAACUAUGCACCAAAAGAAUCAAUGAAUGAUUCUUCCGAUGAAUCACCUGAUGGUAUCAAUGAAAGUCGUAAGAAAAAAAGUAAAGGCGGUAAAAAAGACAAAAUGAGUAUGAUGGUGGCCAUGGGAGCAAUGGGAAUGUCUGCUAUAGGUGGAAUGUUUAAUACAGCAAUGACUGGUGGUGUUUCAAUGAUAGCUAUGAAAGCUCUAAUUAUAGCUAAAACGGCUCUUAUAUUAGCUAUUAUCAUAGCAAUAAAGAAACUUCUAGGUGGAGGCGGCGGUACCAUUGGAAUACCUCAACAGCCAGUUAUGUGGAAUAAUGGAGGUGGUGGGUCAGAUGGAGGUUAUCGUAGAAGUUUCAACCCGACAAAUAAUCAAAACCUAAUUGCUUCAUCGUUAGCUUAUAAUGAUCAAAUUAAAAAUAUUUCUAGUAUAUUAUAAAUUCUUAUUUACUAAAAGCAAAAACUAAAAAUUAGGGAAGACGGCGAUUUGAUAAACAUUUAAAUGUUUAUACUAGUCUCAUCUACUUUUUCUUAAUUUUUAUUGUUUGCAAAUUAUUUACAUUAAGUUAAAAAUUUGAUAUA